AAGAUGGCCGUGUCCACCCUGCAACUGGUGGAACUGGUCCUCCACGGAGCCGCCUUCCUCUGCGGCAUCGCCUGCGCGUCGGCCCUCACCGUGGCGCAGGGGGAGUUUGGUGGUUGGUGCCUCCUCUAUGGCAGCGUGAGCUGGAACGGGACCGCGCUGGUGCCCAAGGCUUUCAGCCACCCCUCCCUCUGCUAUUUCGUCUCCGGUGUCUCCAUCGUGGUUGCCCUUUACUGCUUCUCAUCGCUCCUCUACGGCAUCUUCGGCUGCUGCACCGGCAAGUCCCAGUGGGACCGCUCCUGGCUCCGCGUCACCUUGGCCAUCACCAUCAUCAUCCUCUUCUUCCUCCUCAUCUCAGCCUGCAUCCUCCGCGUGGGGAUGGACGCUCUCUGCGCAUCCAUCCUGGACACCAAGAGGGUAUCCAGCUGCUGGGAUGCCCAACACGCACCAUGGGCGCUCUACAGCCCCAUCCGCUUCUACAGCAACCUCAGCAGCGCGCAGUCCUCAGCCUGGGUGACCGUGUUCCUCUGGUGCCUGCUGACGGCCCGGCUGCUGCUGCAGCGGCAACGGGAGCCCCGGAUCCCCCUGCUGAGGAGCAACGACCCCGAGUGCAGCGCGGAGGCAGAGGCCACUUUUGGGGGGCACUUGAUAGGGCCCUGAAGGAAAUGGCUGAUGGGGGGGGUGGAUUUGGGGG